CAAAGAGCACGCUGGAGCAAGAUGCUGUAGUAAGUUUAACGUCGAAUCAAAUCUACAAGUGCCGUCAAGACAAUUCGGAUCCAGCGCUUGUCGACAAAGUCUAUAAGACAUCAAAGAGUCCACAAGCUUCUAGAUCUGCAAGCAUUUAGAAAGAAGUCUGCAGUUCAAAAUAAUUUACGACGUCUGCUGCAUGAUACCACUGCUUAGGCCGAAUAUCUUGUAAGAGCAGCCAGCAGGAAGUGACAAAUCGUUUCGGCUAUCGGCAAUACAGUUCCAGUUGGAGUCAAGGCAAGCAAAUUUUGAUUACCAUCAUUUAAAGGAAAAGCAAUGGGUAGAAGAGCUAUACCGAAAUCCGGCUCCUUACAAGCUGUGCUAUUUGACGUAGAUGGAACUCUGUGCGAAUCUGACGCUCUGCAUUUUAAAGUGUAUGUGGACAUGCUGCAAGAGGCGGGGUACAAUGGUGGUGUACCUAUAAGUGAGGAAUUCUUCAAGGAGCACAUUACCGGAAAGUUUAAUACAGAAGUUGGCGAGUUUCUGUGGCCAGACUGGGAUCCAGUGGCUCAAAGAAAAUUCACUGAUGACAAAGAAACAAGAUUCAGAAGGCUGGCUGAAACGCAGUUGAUAACCAAGAGAGGCUUGAACAAAUUUUGCGACUGGCUGAAAAAGAACAACAUCCGAAGAGCAGCAGUGACGAAUGCUCCCCGUAUCAAUGCCGAGCAAAUGAUCAAGGCUGUUGGAUUGGGUGAUUUUUUCGAACACAUAGUCAUAGGAUACGAGUGUGAGCGAGCCAAACCAUUUCCAGAUCCUUACUUGAUGGCUCUCAAACUUCUUGGAGUACCAGCAGACAAGGCUUUCGCAGUUGAGGAUUCGCAAUCAGGGCUGCAAGCAGCUGUGGAUGCCCAACUAGCUGUAGUAGGCAUUGUUGGUGCUACUCCUGCUGGUGUUCUUUUGCAAACAGGAGCAGCGUUCACGAUCGAGGAUUUUGAAGACCCAGCUCUUUGGAAAGCUUUAGAAUAGAUGCUUCUUUUGUUCCACGUGACUAUCUAGAUCUAACUUUUCGUUAUGAGAUCAAGUAGCCUCGUCAUGGGAUUCUCUAUCUUCUUAUACAAGCAGCGCUACCUGAGAUGCAGCACAAUGCAAUGUCUUCCCCCAGGGUUUCCAUGUGUAUAUCUGUUGUUAAACUUGAAAGCAUACUCUCUCGCCCUUGGUGCAUCAGGAGAUGUCAAUCCAAUACCAUCGUGUGCCUUGAUGAAUCUUAUGAAAUGGAAUUACACGCGUAUUCAAAUGGUGUAAAUAUGAAGGAAAUAAACUUCAGG